AUGUCGGCUGCAGAUGUCCAUAGCAUUCUUUAUCGCGGGGAGGACCCCUUGAAGAAAAAGUUCGUUCCAAAGAAUGAAGAAAAGACACACGUGCCGCGCCACUGGCCCGGAAAGGCCCCAGAGGGCGCCGUGCUGCACUCUGGCUCGGAGUCAGAAGCGGCUUCGAACUCGGAAGGGGAAGGUGUCGAGGUGAAGCAGCUGCGGAUGCGUCAAGUGCUCGCCGCAGACCGCCGGCUGCACCGUCUUGCCGCUGCUGCUGCAGCACAGGGAGAAAGAAGACGGAGAGAGGCGUUUGUCAUUCAGUCCGAAAAGGAGCGCCAGCGUCUUGAGAAGGGUAUCGUGGAAUCGGAGGGGGAUGAGGGUCUCCCAGAAGACGAAUGGGGGGGAGCGGGGACGGGAGUUGCAGCAGAAGAGACUGGUGUCAAGGAUAGAGCGCAGCUGCGCGCUGCUGCAUUGGAGAGGCGCCGCAGGGAAGAACGCCUCUUGCAGCAGCAGCAGCAGCAAGACGAGGAGACAGAGGAAAGUGAAGAAUCAGACUAUUCAGAGGCCUCUGAUGACCAGCCAGACGAAACGAAUGUCAUUCUUCACAAGCCCACUUUUGUUCCCAAAGCAAAUCGGCUGACGGUGCACGAGCGGGAGGAACAACAGCGCCGGGAGAAGGAAGAGCAGAUGCGUCAACAGCACGAGGAGGAGCAACGCAAGUUAGAGACAAAGCACAUGGUGUAUGCAGCCCUAGCCCGGGAAGACGAAGCAGCAGCAGAUGCCCCUGUCACCGCCGUGGAGCAGCAGCCACAACAGCAUCAGCAAGAAGCGGAGCCGGGAGACGAGAUGCCAGACGAUACGGAUGGCCUCGAUGCAGCACAGGAGUACGAAGACUGGAAGCUGCGGGAACUUGAGCGGAUCCGGAGAGACAAGGACGAGCUGCUUGAAAGAGAAAAAUUCCUGGAGGCCGUCGAGCGCCGCCGCUUAAUGACAGCAGAGGAGCGGCGUGAAGACGACAAGGAGCUCGACAAGAUGCAGCCAAAAAGGGAAAUUCGGCACAAGUACCACUUCAUGCAGAAGUACUACCACAGAGGUGCUUUUUUCCAAGAUCUGGCGCGCAGUGGAGAGGAGCCCCUUUAUCUACGCGAUUUCAAUGCGCCUGUUGGAGAAGACGCGGUGGACAAGAAGGCGCUGCCAAAAAUACUGCAACUGCGUCGUGGGGAAUUGGCACGGGGCGGCAGAACGAAGCACACGCACUUGGUGGAUGUGGAUACCUCCGAUUUGUCACAUCCGUGGGUACAGGCUACCAGAGAUCUGCAUGGCCAAAAGCUUCUCAAGAAAGCUGGAGGCCUCAAAGGUUCCCACGACUUCGAGCGGCCGUCAUUGCGGAAGCCCAAACAAGAUGGUUAA